AUGUGGAUCCGGCCAUAUCGACCGUCGAGCUUAAAAGGACUCCCUUGCUCUCCUCCGACAUGUCGACGUCUUCUUUCCCACACUCCUUCACACUCGAGUGCCGAGCGCCUCGUCCCAUCUCCUGCCAGAUCUUGCUCUGAGCCAUUGACCUUUUCUGCUCUGCACGUCGCUCUUCUCAGCGUGCCCAGCGAGAGGUCUCCUAGCGUGAGCUCAUGGACACCGCCAUUACCGCCGUCACCGCAGCUUCCCGACAGAUCGUGGCUUUCUUCAGGCCGCAGCAACGAAAGGAGCCCGACCCUCCUUGGUAGUCAUCAAGGGCCGUGGUGGUCCCCGACUGAGCUCGAUCAUCACACCACCUCUGGUGAUCACAAUAUAUCUGCUGCUGCUUCGACGUCCUGCAUCGACAACUCCCCGCCCUGGCCGUUGCCUCUUGACGACUUUUUGGUGCUCAAUCAACUUCAGAACCAGAUUCCUCUUUCGGCUUCGGCCUCUCCAGAAGAACUGGCUCUUGGUCUGUGGCCACUACUCCUUGAACAGACUCACCACUUGGAUCCUUCCUCGUCGUCGUCCGUCACUCCGGCCCUCUCUUCUCUCGACGACCCGGACAUGACCUACCUGAGUUUGUUUGGGAGUGUCGGCACUGAACAUGGCUUGGAUCAGAAUGAUGCUCCACACCACCGACAUCAUCCACACAACGCCAGCCAUGACCUUUUUGUCCAAGACAGCAAUAGCUUCUUGAGCCAUGUACUCCCUCACCCGCACCAACCCUUGCAGGACCCCCCAACAUCAGCAGUUUCUCACGAGCGGACCACCGCAAACCAUUUCAAUCAUACCUUUUUGAAUACUUCAUCAUCAGCACCAACGACAGCGAAACACACUUCAGGUUUGCAUAUCCCAACAAAUACUAAACGCCACGGCUCUCCCGCUAGCAGCAGCAGCGGCACUGGUAGCUCAAAACGCAAGUAUUCUGCUUCUCCUCCCGAGGAUCUGGAUCCAGAUAGCGAAGAGGCCCAGGUGGCUAUCAAGCGUCAGCGCAAUACCAUGGCUGCGCGGAAAUACCGCCAGAAAAGGCUCGAUCGAAUCUCGGACCUGGAAACCGAAUUAGGACAAGUUACCAAUGAGCGAGACGAGCUCAAGUUGCAGCUCGCCCGGCGAGAAGCCGAGGUUGAGGCUCUUCGGGAAAUGCUGUCUAAGAAGUGA